UCUCGGCCGCUAGAGGGCGCUCCUGCUUCCACUCCCUGCUGGUCUCAACCAUGGUCUCAACGUCAUAUGAAGUCGUCACAUGACUGUCAGGAGGAAACACAACAGGAAGAGAGUUUGAGCUUUUUGUUGUUGGACAGAGGUCACCAUGGGGUCUGCAGUGGAGAGGACAGACGAGCAUGUGAGAGAGUACCUGAUCUACAGGGGGUUCACGGGCACGCUGAAGAACCUGGACGGGGAGAUCAAGGCGGACAAGGAGAAAGGCUUCAGGGUGGAUAAGAUCAUCGAUCAGCUGCAGCAGUUCAUGCAAAACUUUGACCUCUUCGGUCUGAAGGAGUACUGGCUCUACCUGGACAGACGUCUGUUCUGCAGACUGGAGGACGUUUACAGAUCAACCGUCAACAAGCUGAGGACCAGCCUGUACAGAUACUACGUCAUCAACACCAUCCAGAAAGGAAACCUGGAGAAGACUCAGGAGUUCUUCCAGAAGCAGGCGCUGGAGCUGCAGGGUCAGGCAGAGUGGCGUGAUUGGUUCAUCCUGCCGUUCAUCCCUGCCCCCGAGCAGAACCCUGCGUUCUCUCCGUACUUCUCCCGACAGUGGGCCGACACCUUCCUGGUCUCACUUCACAACUUUCUGUCUGUCCUCUUCCAGUGUAUGCCUCAGCCCGUCCUGCUGAGUUUUGACGCCGAGGUUCAGAGGACGACCAGCCUGACGGAGGAGAAUGAGCAGCUCCGCCAGCUGCUCUUCGCCCUGCAGACAGAGAACCGGGACCAGAGAGAUGGAGACGAGGUGGUCCACCACAAGCUGCCGGCCUACGUCCAGAACAUGGACCGCCUGGGAGACACUGAGCUGGACUUGGUGUCGAGCACACGCACCAUCAGCACCACCACCACUCCUUCCAGAAACUUCUUCUCCACAUUCCUUCCCCAGGCCAAACGCACUCCGGGGAAACCGGCUCCGGUCACCACGGGGUCCUCGCCGAGCCAGGUAGCAGUAGGCAGGAAGGACCCGUCGAUCAAUCUGCCUGCAAAGUCCAAAGAGGUGGUCCAAACCAAGGAGGUGAAGCCUGUGUUGAGCCAGGCACCCAUCAGUGAACCAGUGAGCUCCCAGUCCCAACAGUCCACAAACCAGUCAGCAAACCAGCCCACACACGCUAGACACAAGAGGAUCCAGGAUCAUGAGAAGGAGAGGAAGGAGCUCUUCUCCAAACCGCUAUUACAGGUGCCAGAGAAGAAGGGGGAGGCGGGGGAGGUGGAGCCUGUUGCAGACACCUCCACUGAACCUCCAGAGUCUUCCUCCAGAGGAGGAGGAGGAGCAGAGGGAGGAGGGCUGUCAGCGGAACAGCCUUUCAUCAAACUCAGCCAGGAGGAGUAUGGAGAGCAUCACUCCUCCAUCAUGCACUGCAGGGUCGACAGCUCCGGGCGCCGGGUUGCUAGUUUGGACGUGGAUGGAGUCAUCAAGGUUUGGUCCUUCAACCCCAUCAUGCAGACGAAAGCCACCAUCAUGUCCAAGUCUCCUCUGCUGUCUCUGGAGUGGGCCACUAAACCGGACAGACUGUUAUUACUUGGCAGUGGAGUCGGCACGGUGCGGCUCUACGAUACGGAUGCCAAGAAGAAUCUGUACGAGAUGAACAUCGAUGAGACUCAUCCUCGGAUCUUGUCUCUGGCCUGCAGUCCCAGCGGCUCCUCCUUCGUCUGCUCCGCUGCAGCUCUCAGUCGAUCCGGGAGCCUGGACUCUGCUCCUCGACUUCCCAUCCCAGUGUCGGGACAGCUGCUGCUGUGGGACACCAAGACGGUCAAACAACAGGUCCAGUUCUCUUUAGAACCUGAACCAGUAGCCAUCAACUGCACAGCCUUCAACCACAACGGGAACCUGCUGGUGACCGGCGCAGCCGAUGGAUUCAUCAGACUGUUCGACAUGCAGCGUUACGAGAGCGCCAUGAGCUGGAGAGCUCACGACGGAGAAGUUUACAGCGUGGAGUUCAGCUACGACGAAAACACCGUCUUCAGCAUCGGAGAGGACGGGAAGUUCAUCCAGUGGAACAUCCAUCGAUGCGGGGUGAAGCAGUCAGAGCAGGUUCUACCUCAGGACGCCACGGGGCCCUUCGUCCUGUCAGGUUACAGCGGAUACAAACAGGUUCAGGUUCCUCGAGGUCGACUCUUCGCCUUCGACUCUGAAGGACAACAUGUCCUCACCUGUUCAAGCUCUGGAGGACUCAUAUACAGACUGACCAAUGGGGAGCCAGCUCUGGAGAGUGUGCUGUCACUGGGCGGGCACAAAGCUCCUGUGGUGACAGUCGAUUGGUGCUCUGCCGUGGACUGCGGCACCUGCCUGACCGCCUCCAUGGACGGGAAGAUCAAACUGAGCACACUCCUUGCACAGAAGUCCUAACUGUGGUGCUAACAGAGGGCGAGAGGUCAAAGGUCAUCCAAGCUGAUGAGGAAGUUUUCACAGUAACAGUAUUCGGUGAAUUAAGUAUGUCAUCUGCAUCUCAAACAUGUAAAGCUGUUAUGAAUUCAUAUUAACAUUAAAAUUCAACAGAAAGUCAAUCUGAAA